AUGCCUCUGUCCCUGCAGCCCAGCGGGGACCAGCUGACCAGGAGAAAUGCCUCAAGAGAACGAUAUGAACAAAAGAAAGCCUCCGUUAAUUUUGUGGUAGAGGCACCUACACACAACCCUGGCACUGGCCCACGCUCCAAGAACCUUCCAUUUAGCAACGCUCUGGGAGUUAGGAACCAUUGUAACAAAACAGAACCAGACGCGCUUUCGCCUGUUCCCCAGGUUUCCUUCCAGUCUGCAAACACCCGUCUUCACCGCAUCUCGGUCGGAACCCUCGAACGACAACGCCUCGCACAGCCCGACCUCACUCCGGCCAAGAAGCCGAUUCCCAGGCCACCCGGCCAGGAGGCGCUGUGGAUCAGUCCCCCCGUGGCCACCCGCAGCCGGCGCCCAGCCAUCCCUCCCCCAACCGCGGAGCGCAGCCAGCCAGCGGAGCUGCGAGCUCUGCACCGCCCGCCGGGGUUACUCUCGGUCAUUCCGCUACACCAUCUCGUCCCAGCUUCCCCAUCCGUGCCCGGCCUGAGGCUGCCCCAAGAGACAAGCAGCAAAGGGCAAGAAGAUGGGGGACAGGGGAAUGGGCACCUCAGCUCCAGGUUUCCUCAGGCCCUCCUUCUAAGUCUAACGUUUUUUAAAGAAACAGAACUCUCGUCGCCCCAGCUGCGUCAGGGAUACCAGCUCCGGGGAGCGUACGGAGACCGUAGAAAGGACCCAAACAAAGCCCCCGAGGCCUCAAAUGAGCACUAGAGCUAUGCACCCGGUUUGGUGCACCUCCCAGUCGCGUUCUUGGAGAACAAGAACGCGCCGCUCCAGUCCGGGGGCGCAGGGGACCGAUCCUCAGACCAGAGUCCAACUCGCAAGAACGGAGUGGAGACUGAGGGCUAGCAUUUGUCCGGGUGGGCGCCGGCCGACCCGCAGCCAGAGAGGAUUCCAGCCGGCUCAGGCGCUUCCAAACAAAGGGAACAGCUCAGUGCCAGACCUGCCACUCUCCCCACUCCGGCUGCAGCGCCCCCAGCACCACCAGAAGCCCCCGAUUCCACUGCGCCCCAGGUCGAUUUGUUCCAGAGUAUGCUUCAGCGAGCUUUCCUCCAAGUCCUUCAAUUCCUGCUAACACCAACAUCAACACUCCAGGACCCCACACUAGGUGACCCUUUCCAAACAAGUAGAAUAGCCCUUCUUUGUUGCUGUGGCUCCGGAGAAGCUGAUUCUGUCAAUGUAGCCUGGGUGUCUUGAAGUUCUAUUCUGAGAUGACCCUGGAAUCUUUUAACUACAGAAUUCAGGCAGCUGUGGCCUUGGAGACCCUGCUAGAGGUUAUGAAGCUACAGAUUUUCAUUCUGUUGAGACUUAAAUUAGGGAUUACCUAAAAGGUUUUGCUUGGAAAUUGUUUUGAUAUAUAAUAUCUGUUAACUUGUCUACAUAAAUGUACAUGCACACAUUAUUUAAAAUAUAAA